AUUUACCCACUCUUUCACCACUGAGCUCUGCUCUGAAACACUUUCACCAAAGUUAAACUACAAUGUCUUCCAGCAGUUUCAGACUUUUAGUCAAGAAUGCAACCCAAGUGGUCUUGGUUUGCAGAAAUGGUGAAAAGUAUCUCACCAGGGAUGGGAUGCAGACUCUGGCUGUCGUCGAGAAUGGCAGUGUGGUGAUUGGACAUGAUGGACUAAUUAAAGCUGUUGGAGCAGCAGACAUCAUUGAGUCUCAGUUCAAAGGAGCAAAGUUUGACAAUGUCCUGGAUGCGUCUGGCAUGUGUGUUCUCCCAGGUCUGGUUGAUGCACACACACACCCAGUGUGGGCUGGAGACAGAGUGCAUGAGUUUGCCAUGAAGCUGGCUGGUGCCACAUACAUGGAAGUGCAUGAAGCAGGAGGUGGGAUUCAUUUUACAGUGGCACACACUCGCUCAGCAACCCAGCAACAUCUAUUAGCCGGGUUACAGAGCCGUCUGGAGCGCAUGAUGAGAGCGGGAACCACGCUGGUGGAGUGUAAGAGUGGAUAUGGACUUGAGAUGGACACUGAACUCAAGAUGCUGAGGGUGAUCAAUUCAGCAAGAAAGUCACUGCCAAUCGGGAUAUCGGCAACAUACUGUGGAGCCCACGCAGUACCCAAAGGUAAAACAAUGGAAGAAGCCACUCGGGACAUUGUGGCCGUGCAGUUGCCCGAGAUAAAAAAGCUAAUGGCUUCGGGUGAUCUGCAGGUGGACAACAUUGAUGUGUUUUGUGAGAAAGGUGUGUUCGAUCUGAACUCUACACGUUGCAUACUCCAGGCUGGCAAAGACAUGGGUCUCAACAUCAACUUUCAUGGCGAUGAACUCCAUCCCAUGAACUCUGCACAUCUUGCGGCAGAACUUGACGCUUUAGCCAUCAGUCAUUUAGAAGAAGUGACAGAUGAUGGAAUCGCUGCCAUGGCAAAAGCUAAAACAUCCGCGGUCCUCCUACCCACCACUGCCUAUAUAUUAAGGCUUUCUCCACCACGCGCGAGAGACAUGCUUGAUGCUGGAGUCAUAGUGGCCCUGGGCAGUGACUUCAACCCCAAUGCCUACUGUUGCUCAAUGCCUAUGGUGAUGCACUUGGCCUGUGUGAUGAUGAAGAUGUCUAUGCCAGAAGCUUUGGCCGCAAGCACUAUAAACGCAGCCUACGCUCUCAACCGUUCACAAACGCACGGGUCGCUUGAAAUCGGGAAACAGGGAGACCUCGUGAUCAUUAAUGCACCACGGUGGGAACAUCUGGUGUACCAGUUUGGGGGCCAUCAGGAGCUCAUCAAAUAUGUCAUAAUCAAAGGCAAGAUUGUUCAUGAAAAUGAAAAAGUCUUGACCCUUUGAGCAUCGUGCACCGCAGUCAAUCAAUUGUGUGGUAACAUUUUAUUACCAUGGAUAGUAAACCUCAUGGACCAUACUCGAAUACUUAAUAAUAAAAUUAAAAAACAUGUUUGUUAAUAAAAUAAAUAAAUAAAUAUUAUACAUAGGGUGAUUCUGUUUACAGCAGCUGUAUAAAAAUCAUAAAAAACUUCUCUUAUA